AUCCUAAGCCAUCCGUUCCAACAAACCACAAUUAUUGCUUCUUGCUAAGUAGUAGUACGGUAAGUAGGACAUCACCACGUUUACUACGCAGCAUCAUUCAUAAAUCGACAGCCUACCACCUCCGAAACACAAUAUACAUGCGCAUACAAACUGAAACAAACCCCUGCAAUCAACACAUUUUUAAACAAUGGCCACAUUAUCUCCGGAGCCUCAUGUUGCCGUUCUUACUUUUCCGUUCGCAUCGCACCCCGCUCUCCUCUUCGGCUUCGUUAAGAGGCUGGCAGAGGCGGCGCCUCGCGUAAAAUUCACUUUUUUCUGCACUGCCGAAUUUAACCGCUCUUUAUUUUCGAAAACCUCAACUACUUCAACUAGUAACAUAGUUCCUCAUGACAUACACGACGGCGUAGCUGAGAAUUAUGUGUUUGUGGGGAAACCGAUGGAGGAUAUCAACUUGUUUUUGGCUAUUGCAGCUGAUGAGUUGCGCCGUGGCGUGGAGGAGGUGACACUGAAUUCUGACAGGAAGAUAACGUGCAUCUUGGCUGAUGCAUUUUUGUGGUUUUCUUGUGAUUUAGCACAAGAGAUUGGUGUGCCGUGGGUGCCGUUUUGGACUGCUGGCGCUUGCUCGCUUAGCAUUCAGAUUUAUACUGAUCUUAUCCGCCAAACACUUGGAGUUGAAGGCAAUGAAGGCCGUAUGAAUGAGAAGCUCAACUUCAUUCCUGGAUUUUUGGGCUUCAGAAUUGGUGACUUGCCUGCUGGGAUUAUAUUUGGGAACCUAGAGUGGCCUUUCUUCGUAAUGCUGUAUAAAAUGGGAGAAGAAUUAGUUCGGGCAGAUGCUCUUGUCAUAAGCUCCUUUGAGGAGCUAGAUCCUGAUCUCAUCAAAAACCUCAAAUCCAAGUUUAAGCAAGUCUUCUCUAUAUGUCCCAUUAGCCUUGAAUCUCCCCCACAGUCAUCAGUUUCCGAUGAAUAUGGCUGCUUACCAUGGCUCGAAAAGCAUCAUCCCAAGUCUGUAGCAUACAUUGGUUUCGGUACCAGGGCUAAGCUCCCAGAAAAUGAAAUAGUCGCAUUGGCUGAAGCUCUAGAAGCAAGCGCUACUCCAUUUCUUUGGUCUAUGAAAGAUGAUCUCAAGAAAUAUUUGCCCUCAGGAUUUCUGGAGAGGACUCGUGAGCUCGGGAAAAUUGUGGCAUGGGCACCGCAGGUUCAAGUUUUAUCUCAUCCUGCUACCGGAGUUUUCAUAACUCAUAGCGGAUGGGGCUCGGUGAUGGAGAGUAUUGCAGCUGGUGUGCCACUCAUCUGCAGACCCUUCUUGGGAGAUCAAUCACUCAACACAUGGAUGAUUGAAAAUGUGUACAAAAUUGGGGUGCGGAUAGGUGGGGGAAUGUUUACGAAAGAAGGAGCUAUGGAUGCCCUGCAACAAGUUUUGUUGCAGGAGAAAGGAAAAAUGUUUAGCAAACAAGCCACAGCUUACAAGGAGCUUGCAAUCGAGGCUGUUGGACCUCAUGGCAGCUCAACUCAAAAUUUUCAACGCCUGCUAGAAAUGAUCACCGCUUAGAGCAAGUCCAACAGUGUCCUAGUUGAAGCCCUAAAUAUAAUAUAAAAAAUUAUGUCUUAGUAGUUUAGGACAUAUUCAACCAACUUCAACUACAACAAUGUGCCUUAUUUUCUCUAUUUGUUUAAUAUUUUAUUAUUAAAAGUUCA